AUGGUUGAUAACAUGGGAGAAGGAGAGCCACACAUGUGUGAGGAAAGGGUACAGAGAGAUACCAAAGUAAGGGCAGAUUUACAGGCAAUUCUAUUAGUAGACCCAGAAGAAGUGCUGUUCACAGAUGGUUGCUGUUAUAGACAUCCAAUUGAAGGACUUAAAGCAGCCUAUGCAGUGGUGCGACAGACAAGUGAGGGAUUUGAGGAAGUGUUGACAGGAAAAGUGACAGGCAAAGAAUCAGCCCAGUUGGCUGAACUACAGGCAAUGAUAGCUGCGUUAGAAUGGUCAGGGGGAAAAAGAGUAAAUAUCUAUACCGACUCUGCAUAUGUGGCAGGGGCUAUACAGGUAGAACUUAGUCAAUGGAUCAGGGCAGGAUUCUUAAUAGCAGCAAAAACCCCAAUUAAACAUGAAAAAGAUAUGAAAAGAUUAGCGGAGGCCCUAAUGAAACCUGCAGAAGUGGCGUUGGUCAAGUGUAGAGGACAUGAUAAAGCAGAUACAGUUGUAGCGAAGGGUAAUCAGGAAGCAGACUCAGCAGCGAAGAAAGCAGCAGG